AUGUCCAAAUCCAACGAUGCCGGCCACUUCUUCCAAACCACCGAAGCCCUUGCAACAACUUCAAGAAAAGCCGCCAAGGCCAAGAACAAACAUGGCGAUCCCAUCAAGAUGUCGUCGAAAGUCCUCGCAUUGUGUCCAGACAUAUUCAGCGACCCAUCGAAUCCCGCCAUUUUCGUCGCCGAAGCCGUGGGCGAGGUGAAACGAGUCUUCUUGGAAGACGGCAAGACUGAACGCAUCUUCAACGGCAGUUCCGCCCCUCUCACCUGCCUCGCCAUCUGUCCCAUCACCAAAACCCUCUUCACCGGCUCCUGGGACAAAUCCAUCUAUGCCAUCCCCUUAUCCUCUCCUUCAUCCCACAAAACCUUCACCUCUCAUACCGACUUCCUCAAAACACUCCUCACCGCCUCUCUCAAUGGCAAACCAAUCCUCAUCUCCGGCUCCGCCGACGCAAGCAUUAUAAUUUGGGACAUCACCACCUCCUCCAUCCUGCACAAGCUCCCCUCUGCCCACUCCAAAGCCAUUCAACACCUCUCCAUUGACCCUUUAUCCCUCAACUCGGAAUCCUUUACCCUCUUCUCCACCUCUUCCUCGCCUGAGAUUCGCCGCUGGCAUGUCUCUCUUGACUCCUGCCACGAGCUUCCCGAAUCUGUCACCUCGCCUAUCCGUCCGCACGAAACGUCCAUCUACUCUCUCACCUGGGACUCAGAUGGUGAAGGACUCUGGACGGCCUCCGCAGACUUCACUGCAAAACACCUCGUCCGACAUCGCGACUGGUCACCCGAUACGACUCUCCAACACAAAGAUUUCGUCCGCGACGUCUUGCCAAUCGAGGAACUGGGACUGGUCGUGACGGCAUGUCGAGACGAAGGCGUCCGGGUUUGGGAUGCAAGUAGUGGGAAGCUGAUCGUAGACUACGAAGGGCAUUUCGAAGAGGUCAUGGCGCUGGUUGCAGGGAGGAAGGGGAGGGAGGUGGUGAGUGCGGGAAUUGAUGGAACUGUGAGAAGGUGGGGGUUGAGUAGAGAGGGGAUGAGGGAGUUUGCGGAGGAGAGGGAGCGUGAGAGGAAUGGCGUUGUGAAAGAAGAUGAGGAGAAGAAGGGAAAGGAGGGUAUGUUGACGGCGGAGGAGGAGGCCGAGCUGGCGGAAUUGAUGGGGAGUGAUGAUGAUGAGUGA